AUGAAACGAGCUCUGCUUAGAAAUGUCUCUGUCUACGCGCGUUCUCGUCUUCUCCCUCCUCCUUACAAUCCUGGCCCUCCAUCCCAACUUGCUCCUCUCGCUGAUUCGACUCGGCCCAGAAUCAGCUUUUACUCGACCCAGUCUUCAUCACACAACCAAGAGGUUUGCAAUGCUGCAGUGGAUGAUGUCAGUAACAAAGAUUUGCUUGAAAAUGCAAGGAUGGUGUUUUUCAUUCUGCAUAGAAUGAAAGUUCAUAAUGCAUUGUGA